GCGCGUCCUCAAACACCAAAACAUGUUUUUGGUGGGAAAAGUUGUUUUGGGAAUUUUUGGUUAAAUUUAUUCAAGAAUGGCCGAAAAACUCGAAGAUUUGAAUUUGCCAAACAUGACAGUGCAAAAAAUCAUAAAAGACGCACUGCCUGAACAUGUCAGUGUGGGUAAAGACGCUCGAUCGGCCCUUUCAAGGGCCGCUUCAAUUUUUGUCCUUUAUGUAACGUCUCAAGCCACUAAAGAGGCCCAGAAAGUUAACAGGAAGACCCUUUUGGGGCAGGAUAUCCUCACGGCAUUAGAGGAACUCGAAUUUGAUGAAUUUGUGGAGCCUUUGAGUGUGAUGCUUAGAGACUUUAAAGAAGCAAAACAGAAGAAGAGUAAGGCGAAGAAAGGAGGGGAUGUUGAAAUGACGGAGGAGAACGACGACGAGGCUGUGGAAGAGGAAGAAACUGGUGAAUCGUAGAUUUAAUAAAAACAAGUUUUUUGUAA